UGUUGCGGUAUCGAUAUCGAGGUAUAAAAAUAUUGUGAUAUUUGAUUUUGUCCAUAUCGCCCAGCCCUACUUUCAUCUAUAUAUUUAUGGCUAUUUAAGAUCACUCUUGCAGGGCAGGGCCCCCCUCAUAUUAAUUAAUUAUUUAUUUAUCUUUUUUCUGAUGCCUAUAUGUUUUUAGCUUUUUGUCUUUAGGUUGUUGUGUUGUAAUUGUUGGAGCUUGUAGAGCAAGACAAAUUUCCCGAUCUACGGACAAUAAAGUGCUAUCUAUCUAGCUAUCUAACAUGCAAACUCCACACAGAAAGUCCUGCCCGGACUGGGAAUCAAACCAAUCCGCACCGUGCUGCCACGUGUAUAUGUACUACACAGGUGUAAACAUACAUGUUGCGUAAUGUAUAGAGUAAGAGAUUGGGUGGCUCUUGGCAAUUGGCCAAAAGAAGAACCACCUCUCAAUGCCAGGAGUCCAUAAAAGUCUGUAGCUUUCCUCUCCACAUCAUCACCUGUGAACCUGCAAGAUGCGUCUGACUCACUCCCUGCUUAUCCUGGUGCUCAGCCUCCCGGCCUUGCUGUGUUACAGAGCUGUGUGGCAGUUCAGGGCGAUGAUCCUCUGCACUGUACCUGACAGCUGGCCCGUACUGGACUACGCUGACUAUGGCUGCUACUGCGGCCUGGGAGGCUCUGGCACACCUGUUGAUGAGCUUGACAGAUGCUGUCAGAUCUACGACCAGUGCUACAGUGAUGCCAUGCAGCACGACGAAUGCUGGCCCAUCUUUGACAACCCCUACACCGAACUAUACAGCUACAGCUGUGACAAGGCCAGCAAGAGCGUCACCUGCCUGGAUGACAACAACCCCUGUGAGAGGUUCAUCUGUGAGUGUGACAGGAAAGCAGCCAUGUGUUUCGCCAAGGCAGAUUAUAAUGAAAGAAACGCCAACCUUCCCAGCGAACGCUGCAAGUAGGCCGAGGGACUCAGAGAGAAACACGCAGAAGAAUGUCUUUAUUCAAAAUCAACAAGUGUCGUAUUCAUAGUUACUGUUUUAUUGUCUCCAACAAAUGCCACGCACACGUACUGUAUAUGCAACUUUUAUCCCUUUUUGUGACUCUCAAAAUUCAUAAAUUGAUAUCAAAAACA